GUUGUGCUGGAUCAUUACACACGGGGAAAAGCGGAGAGAGCAGGGAUGGACGGGCAGAUGGGGAGAAACAGCCCAAGGAAAGGCAGCCGGGGAGACCGAAGACAGGAGACACAAUAAAAAAAACUCCCAAGAGAAAUGUCUGAUUUUACAGGCAACUGGAAAAUGAAAAGCAGCGAGAAUUUCGAUGAGCUGCUCAAAGCUUUGGGAGUGAAUGCCAUGUUGAGGAAAGUGGCGGUGGCUGCUGCAUCCAAACCCCAUGUGGAGAUAAAACAGAACGGUGAUCACUUCUACAUCAAGACCUCCACCACAGUCCGCACCACAGAGGUCAACUUCCUCAUUGGCGAGGAGUUUAACGAGGAGACUGUGGACGGCAGGAAGUGUAGGAGUUUGGCCACAUGGGAGAAAGAAAAUAAGAUUUACUGUAAACAGACUCUGGUGAGCGCAAAUGGCCCGAAGACCUUCUGGAGUCGAGAGCUGAAGGGGGAUGAACUCAUACUGCUGUUUGGAGCGGAUGAUGUGAUCUGCACACGGAUCUAUGUACGAGCAUAAACUUCUACACACCAACAGACCAUCGACAUGGGGAAACUUCAUUACACACACAGUGUCGCAUCUCUAUGCAACACUUUUCUGUUGUUCAUUUUCCUUUCUCUAUCACAAAAAUGAAGCAGUUUUUAACACACACACAUUAACUCCUGCUGCUUACUGGUCACAAAGCGAAUAAAAAUGUGUGUGCUUCAGAAAGAA